CGUAAACAUGAAGCUACCUUGACGCAGGCGAAGCGCUGCGUAAGUUGCGGUGAAGCGAUGAGGUGUUAUUUUUGACACUCCGUGCCCAGUGGGCUGCCAGCGGAAGGGCCGGACGAGGAGGAGGAGGAGGAGACCAUGGACCUGAGCGAGAGGAGGCCCAACAAGUGGUGGACGGAGACGGACACCUUCGCCAUGUUGGCGCUGAUUGAGGAGCUGGACCUGGUGCACGAGCUGGACAAGAAGCGGCAGCGCAACGACUCGCACUUCCGCCGCCUCCGCCACAGCCUGGCCAAGCGGGACAUCCACUUCACCGUCAACCAGAUCCGCAACCGCUGGAAGAGCCUCAAGCACAAGUACCGCAAGAUCAAGACGGCGGGCUACCGCAGCCCCGCCGCCCGCCUCUCCGCCAUCGAGUCCUUCCGCUACUUCAAGAAGCUGGACCGCAUGCUGGCGCGGAGGCCGCGGGCGGCCGGCCAGGGAGAGGCUGCCGCCGGGAGCCACAACCUGGUGGUGCUCUCCACCUCCGAUGUGGAGGAUCACACUGACAGUGAUGUUCCUCAGUCCUGCACGGCAACCCGCUGGCAGGACACCCUCCCCGGGCCAGAGGGGGACAGCGAGGAAAGCAAGGGACACCCCGAGGAGCCGGCAGAUUUCAGGACACCCCACUGGGACAUAGGGACGGAGGAGGUGGUGACUCUAGGAUUGUCGGGAGAGUACCUGUACCCAGUGAACUCCGAUCCUCAACUGCUUUCCUCUUUACGGAGCCUAGAGGGCGCCAGAGAUCCCGCAGGCUGCAGCCCGAGAGACUCCCCAGGGACAUGCGAGGACAUCAGCAGCCUGAUCCUGCAGCAGCUGACCAUCCUCAACCACCAGCUGGGGGAGCAGCUGGCAGAGCAGAGGGCCUUCCACUGCAGCAUGCUGGGGCUGAUGGACCGGCAGAUCGAGGUCCUGCAGCAGCUCUCCAACUCCACCAGGGGGCCCCCGGCCAAGGAGGCCCCGGGCGAGAGGGACGCUUCCGUCAGCCAGCAGGUCCACGAGGCCCUGGUGCGCAUCCUGAGGGGCGUGGAGCACGCCCAGGCACAGGGACUGGCGCCGUGCCCCGCCAAGCCCGCCCCCUCCGAGCCUGCCCCCCCGCCGCCAUCUUGGACUGUCUCCCUCCUGGAGGUCCACCAAGGCUCCCCCCCGGCUGCCGGCGAGGCGUCGCCCGGCAACACGUCGCCCCAGCGGCAGCCUCCAGACGAGGGGCAGCCCGACCCCCCCGGGGCCCCCCUCCCCGAACAGCUUCCCCCGGAGCCCCGCAGAGGUGUCCUGUUGAACGGGCUCUCGAUCAGGUGCCAGCACAAGUGA